CGGAUUCUCCAAGCCCAUAUCACAAGUUUUGUUGUUCGUUAGUUAAUUCAUCAUCGUUCAAGCAAAGUCUAGAGAGAAAGAAAAUGGGAGAAACAACAGAUGAAGAUCUUCUUAAACAAUUCUUUUCUGAAGUUGGUGAAGUUGAACGAGAUAACGAAGUUAUCAGAAUCCUCUCAUGCUUCAAGUUGAACCCGUAUGAGUUUCUUGACCUAUCAUUUGAUUCAUCAAUAGAAGAUGUGAAGAAACAAUAUCGAAAGUUAUCAUUGAUGGUUCACCCGGACAAAUGUAAGCAUCCACAGGCAAAAGAAGCAUUUGGAGCAUUAGCAAAAGCUCAACAGCAACUUCUUGAUUUACAAGAAAGAGAGUAUGUUCUAAGUCAAGUCAAAGCAGCAAAAGAGGAACUUCUAUCUGUGAGGAAGAAGCAACUAAAGAAAGAUGCUGCGUCAAAAAUAAAAUCGUUGGUAGAUGAGAAAUUUGAUCAAGCAUACGAGCAGUCAGAUGAGUUCCAGCGGCAGCUAAAAUUGAAAGUGCGAGAAAUACUAACUGAACAAGAGUGGAGAAGGAGGAAAAUGGCUAUGAGGAUAUCUGAGGAGGAAGGCAGGCUGAAGAAGGAUGAACAGGAACAAAAAGAGAUGUGGAAAAGGAAGCGUGAACAUGAAGAGCAGUGGGAAGGAACUAGAGAAAAAAGGGUUUCUAGUUGGAGAGAUUUUAUGAAAACUGGAAAGAAGGGCAAAAAGGGGGAGAUUCGACCACCGAAGCUUAAAACAGAAGACCCAAACAAAUCAUACGUUCAGAGACCAGUGAAGCGAAGUUAAUGUGUCCCCACAAAUCAUAGUUGUUUGGCAUAAGGUGAUUCAUAUUACUGAAGAUCUUUGUACAGUUUUGUAAUCAGAACUUGCCCUAUUAAAUCAUUUGAGUUUUAAAAUUCUGGGCUUCACACCCAUUUACUUCUAUACCAUAUUCCGUUAAAGUAAGGCAGAAUCAUUGUAUUUGUAAGACGUAGUAUAAACUACGAAGACAUCAGUCUUUGGUUCCUGUGAUUUGUAGACAACACAAAAAGUAAAACAAGCUGAAGAAUAUA